AUGGCAUAUGUUCCGCCACACAUGCGGCACUCGAAGGGCGGAGGCUCAUCGUCUGCGCCGUCACCGACGCUGCCGCCGGAAUCUGUUAACCCUAAUUUCAAGCGAAAAAGGAAUUUUAAUUCGAAAGAUAUUACCGAUAAAAGCGCGGCGGCAAAGAGCAUUGUGUACUCAGAAAAUGCGAUAUCAAAGUGGUUCGCCGUUGGUUUAACAGAUGAUACUCUACUUCUCACCGUUACGAGGCUCGAGCCAGUGACUUUGGAAUCCUAUGAACGAAAAUCGGGUGAAAAGCCGCUCACUUUGGUAAUCAGCGAUCAUCAUCUAAAAGAAAACUGCGAGGACAAGAGUGUCCUGUUGGCAAACCCAUGGGUUUUUGUAGUUGAAACGGUGAAGCAAGACUUGCUUCGUUCUUUUCUGCAAGUUAAAGAAAACAUGGAGUCCUGUGAGUUUGAAGAAGUAAAACCAACCCUGGUUGCACGAUUCGGAAGAAUUCUUUUCCAUGGGAACCGUUCAUUUACUUUAGAAUCCAUUAGCGGAAAGUCUCUGCCAGAAAGCACUUUGAAACAAUUGAAGAAAUCUUUUUACACAAAUGUUCCUCCCUUAUAUAUGGAAUGCAUAACAACUGAAAUCGUCCCAAAAAUUGGAUUUGUUUUGGAAGGGGAACAGGAGCUAUACCAUGUAAAGCUGUCUGACAAGAUGCGACCUGAUUCAACUCUCUCCUGCAAGUGUACUGUGACGAAAGACAGUAAAAAGCUAGAACUUUGCAAGGUUGAGUUGAAUCAAGUGCGGCACAUGGUUGCUGAUAUGUCCUGCCUUGGUAAGAACCUAGAUUUGAGGCUGAUGCUACGCACCAAGAGAAUUUUGGUAGCUCUGAAAGAUGAAGAGAUUGAGAACAUUAAAAGCCUGAUUGGUUCUGCCACUUUAGAUUCAGAAGUGAAGGGUGGAUUAAGGUGGCCCUUGGGUAAACAGUCUUCAGGGGAUCAAUACACUGUUGUCGGAGUUUGGCAUACAAAUGGAAAGACAUUUAAGAAUUCGUCAAUGAGGCUUAAGGUUCGACAUGCUGAUCGAUUUGAUUUCAGAUCUUCAGCUGGAGAGGUCACCAGAGAGGUCAUUCUGAAAAUGCCUGGAAUCAUACCAAAACUGCCGGAACAAACUUUCAAAACUGAUAUUGCAAUGGAAAUGCUCAAGGAAAAUUUAAAAUUGAUCUGGGAAUACUUCUUAUGCUAG